AUGGUAGACCAGUCAACGAUCCCCUUAGCUGAUCAAGGAUACCAUACACCAGCUCCAAUUGAUCUGUUGUUAGGCUCGGAUAUCCUCGGACAGGUUUUAGAUGGGACUAAAGUCUCAUUGGGGCCCGGCAGGCCAAUAGCCUUCGGCACGAUAUUUGAUUUUGCAUUGUUAGGACCCAUACACGAUUUGUAUACUGCUCCUGUAAGCAAAACUGAAUCGGCUCACAUUGUCAGCGCACAACCAGAACUCGAGGUAUCUACACAUGAUAUUCGUAAGAGCCUUGAGAAGUUCUGGGAAUCUGAAGAGCCCCAACUUCAUGUUGAAACUACCCCUUUGCAAGAUCAGUGUGAAGAAAUAUUCCGCACUACCACUACUCGUAAACCCUCAGGUCAAUAUACGGUAACAUUACCCUUUUUACAUAAUAUGCCCGAGUUAGGAAGUACCCAUGCCAUAGCAUUGCGUAGAUUUCUUAAUCUUGAAAAGAAGUUACAAGCUGACCCAUAUCUCCGUGUGAAAUACAUUGGCUUCAUGGCAGAUUAUCAGAAGCUGGGUCACAUGUCCCCAUGCCACCCGAGUACUUUUGCUCAUAAACCUCACUUCUAUAUCCCUCAUCAUGGCAUCUUCAAGUCGGGAUCAGACAAGCUACGCACUGUUUUUGAUGGUAGCUGUAAAAGCUCAAAUGGUGUCAACCUAAAUGACUGUUUACACACUGGUCCAGCUCUUCAACAGGACAUUGUCGAUAUUAUCUUGUCGUUUAGAACUCAUCCCGUAGUUUUCAGCACUGACAUUUGUAUGAUGUUCAGAAACAUACUCAUACAUCCCGAUCAGAGGCGUUACCAGCUCAUUCUCUGGCGCUCUUCGCCAGAUCAGCCCCUGCGUACAUAUGCCUUAAACACUGUUACAUACGGGUUAAGAUCAAGCCCAUAUCAUGCUAUACGCACUUUAAUCCAAUUAGCGGAUGAUGAAGGUCAUCGCUAUCCUGCAGCUGCUCAAGUGCUGCGCAAGUCCAUAUUCGUCGAUGAUAUUCUCACUGGUCACGAUUCUGUAGUAAAGGCUCAAGCUCUCCAAAACGACUUGAUUAACUUACUAGCCUUAGGUGGUUUUCAGCUCAGUAAAUGGCCUCAAACUGUCAGCUUCUCAUUAGAAAGAUUUCCGAUGUCAGUGGCAUCCCAAGGACUUUGA